AUUUCCACUACUAGCUAGCCUUAGACUUGAAUAUCAAUACUCCAUGCAUGAGUAAAUUUUGAAUCAUUGACUUGCCAUGUGAACUUCUCUAUUAAAUUUUAGCACCCAUUAACUCCAACUUCACAACCAACCCAACAAUGGCCAAGCUUAGCUUGCUUUUCCUAUUGUUCAUAUUCUUGAUCACUACCACUUCUCUUUCCUGUCCAGAUGAUCAGAAGCAAGCCCUUCUCCAAUUCAAAUCCUUGAUUAUCAAUAUCAUCAACUCAUCUUCUUCUGAUCAUUAUUAUUCUCUUGGCUUGGAUUCAUGGAAUUCAAGUUCAGAUUGUUGUUAUUGGGAGAUGGUGACCUGCAAUUCUCGCUCAAGUUCAAGAUCAGUGAUAGCUCUUGAUCUUCACGCCGUGGUUCCAUCUCAAGUGCCCAUAUCAAUACCUUCUUCUGUGUUAUCACCUCUCUCUCGCAUUAAAACCUUGAUGUUGCUCGAUAUAUCCUAUAAUUACAUACUGGGUGAGAUUCCAGCUAACGUAUUUGCCAAUCUCAGCAGAUUGGUUCAUCUAGACAUGAUGUUAAACAAUUUUAGUGGCUCCAUCCCUCCUCAGAUUUUUCACUUGAAGUAUCUUCAAUAUCUUGAUAUCAGUAACAACCUUCUGACUGGUAUGCUAAGCCAGGAAGUGGGCUCCCUUGAAAACUUGAGGGUACUGAAGUUGGAUUAUAAUUCUAUAGCAGGAAAUAUCUCUCGAGAGAUUGGAAACCUUACAAAAUUGCAGCGGUUGAGUCUUCGCAGCAACAAUUUUGUAUGGAGGAUUCCAUCUUCUAUUCUCUAUCUGAAGGAAUUGCAGGAAUUGGACUUGAGGGACAACGCUUUAUCAAUGGAGAUUCCUGCUAAUAUAGGUGAUCUUACCAACCUGAUCACGCUGGCCUUGAGCAAUAACCGGCUAAGUGGAGGAAUCCCAUCAUCAAUACAGAAACUGAGCAAGUUGCAAGUUCUCAGGUUGGAAGACAACAUUCUUGCUGGAGGAAUUCCAACAUGGUUGUUUGACAUGAAGAGCCUGAAGGAUCUGUUUAUUGGUGGGAAUAAUCUGACUUGGGAUAACAACGCAGACUUAAUGCCAACUUUUAUGUUAUCUCAGUUGUCUAUAAAAUCAUGCGGGCUUCAAGGAAGAAUCCCAGAUUGGAUUUCGACGCAGAGGACUCUUGAUUUCUUGGAUUUGAGUGAGAAUAUGCUCCAAGGACCCUUUCCGCAAUGGCUAGCUGAAAUGAAUCUAGGCGCCAUUGUCCUGUCUGAUAACAAACUCUCAGGUGCUCUUCCUCCGCGUCUGUUUGAAUCUCAGAGUUUAUCUGUACUUGCCUUAUCAAGGAACAACUUCUCUGGAGAAUUGCCAGCAAAUAUUGGGAAUGCCAAUGCUAUUAUAAUUCUCAUGUUGUCUGAAAACAACUUUUCAGGGCAGAUUCCAGAGUCCAUCUCUGAGAUUUAUCGGCUUAUUCUUCUAGAUUUGUCAGGAAAUAGAUUCUCAGGGAAAAUCCCAAUUUUUAAACCUGACGCAUUGCUAGCUUUCAUCGAUUUCUCUUCUAAUGAGUUCUCAGGUGAGGUUCCGGUGACAUAUUCUGAAGAAACCAUUAUCCUUUCCUUAGGAAACAAUAAAUUCUCUGGCAGAUUACCAAAAAACCUCACUAACUUGAGGAAGCUUCAACAUCUUGAUCUCCAUGACAAUAACAUUACAGGAAAAUUGCCAACAUCUCUCUCCCAAAUUUCCAGUCUUCAAGUCCUGAACUUACGCAACAACUCCUUCGAAGGUUCUAUUCCUGACACAAUUUCCAACCUCACUAGUCUCCGAAUUCUUGAUGUGUCAAACAACAACCUCAUUGGAGAAAUUCCUGUCAAGUUUGGAAAUCUGCUAGGAAUGAUAGAAACACCCAUUACCUUUGCAUCAAUUGCGGACAUGUUCAUCAUUCCCAUUGAGUUCAAUGGCUUGGUUGUGAAUUGGAAGAAUUCAAAGCGAGGUCUUUCAAGCCACAGCCUGGAUAUCUACUCCUUGCUAGACUUGUCAAAGAACCAACUUUCUGGCAAAAUCCCAGCUUCACUAGGUCACUUGAAAGGUCUAAAGAUACUGAAUAUUUCACACAACCACAUCUCUGGCAAGAUACCAGAAAGUUUUAGUGAUUUAGAGAGUGUAGAAAGCCUCGACUUGUCACACAACAAACUAUCAGGGUCUAUUCCUCAGACCCUGUCAAAGUUGCAGGAACUUGCUAUUCUGGAUGUGAGCAACAACAAGCUGGAGGGUAAGAUUCCUGAGGGAGGCCAAAUGGACACGAUGGAUGAUCCAAGCUAUUACGCCAACAACAGUGGGUUGUGUGGUCUGCAAAUUAGGGUGGCAUGUCCAUCAGAGCAAUCACCUGCACCUGCGGAGACACCAGAAGAGGAAGCAUGGUUUUCUUGGGCAGCAGUGGGGAUUGGCUAUUCAGUUGGGCUCGUAGCAUCAGCAGUAGCAAUAAUUUUCACUGGAUUUGGUGACAGACUACCUCCUCGAAAUCGCCCCCGCCUGCAAAGAAGGAGAAGAGUUUAGGAUUUGGCAUGAAAGUUCUUGUAAAAUGAUCUUUAUUAUUUUUAAAAGUUGAAAACAUUUGAGGUAAAACGAAGAUCUUCAAAGCCAAGAGUUGAACCCUGUGAUCCUUGCAAAAGCUGGGGAAUAACACUAUAAUUAAAUAACAAAUCUAAUGUCAAUUGUCUAUUAACAA